AUGCCCGGCCUCAGCAGGGCCGCCCUGUACAGCCGCCUCCAGGAGUUCCUGCUCACCCAGGACCAGCUCAAGGAGAACGGCUACCCCUUCCCGCACCCCGAGCAGCCCGGAGGCGCCGUCCUCUUCACUGGCCAGGGGAAGGGGCCCGGCGACUCCUCCUGCAGGGUCUGCUGCCGUUGUGGCACCGAGUACCUGGUGUCCUCCUCGGGCCGCUGUGUACGCGACCAGUUGUGUUAUUAUCACUGGGGGCGGGUCCGCUCGAGCCAAGUGGCUGGAGGCCGGGUUAGCCAGUACACCUGCUGUGCAGCGGCUCCUGGCUCCGUGGGCUGCCAGGUGGCAAAGCAGCACGUGCGGGACGGCCGCAAGGACAGCCUCGAUGGCUUCGUGAAGACCUUGGAGAAAGAGUGUUCCACAGACGCUUAUCCAGGGAUCUACGCCUUGGACUGUGAGAUGUGCUACACCACGCACGGCCUGGAGCUGACCCGCGUCACCGUGGUGGACGCCGACAUGCGAGUGGUGUACGACACCUUCGUCAAGCCCGACAACGAGAUCGUGGACUACAACACCAGGUUCUCCGGAGUGACCGAGGCCGACGUCGCCAACACGAGCAUCACGUUGCCCAAAGUCCAAGCCAUCCUGCUGAGCUUUUUCAGCGCCCAAACCAUCCUCAUCGGGCACAGCCUGGAGAGCGAUCUGCUGGCCCUGAAGCUCAUCCACAGCACCGUGGUGGACACGGCCGUGCUCUUCCCGCACUACCUGGGUUUCCCCUACAAGCGCUCCCUCAGGAAUCUCGCGGCCGACUACCUGGGACACAUCAUCCAGGACAGCCAGGACGGGCACAACUCCAGCGAGGACGCAAACGCCUGCCUGCAGCUGGUGAUGUGGAAGGUCCGACAGCGCGCCCAGAUCCAGCGAUGCCAGCGGUCCGCCUCUCCCGCCGCCCUGGCCUGUCCUUAGCCCCAGGCCGCUUCCAAAACCGCCCUCCAUCCCGAGAGCUAACCCUGUCCACCU